AUGACCCCAACCUACCGCCUCUUCUAUGGGACGUUCAUCCAUCUCCCUCGCUGCCCGGUAGGUGGAAAGCAUGUCCUCUCCGUGAAUCAUGGCGCUGUCUGGGUCUCUGCUGCGGAUGGAAGAAUUACAGGGCUUGACUGGGACGUGCAAGAGGGUGGAGCGAAGGAAUUGUUGAAGAGAGGAGGAUGGGUCGAGUGUGAUUCUGAAUCGAAUGAAUCGCAUACGUACUAUUCCAAGGGCGACGAGACAGUUGAGAUCUUCCAGGCGAAGAGUGAGGAGAAUGAGUUUUUCUUUCCGGGGUUCAUUGACACACACAUCCACGCCUCCCAAUAUCCUAACAGCGGAGUCUUCGGCUCCUCAACUCUCCUCGACUGGCUGGAAACAUACACCUUCCCACUGGAAAGCUCAUAUAGCGAUACCACCAAAGCGGAGAAGGUUUACGAUACCGUCGUCUCCCGAACGCUCUCCCACGGCACGACCUGUGCGUCGUACUUCGCUACCAUCCACGUCUCCGCGACGAACGCUCUUGCCAAUAUCUGCCACUCGCGUGGUCAGAGGGCCUUCAUUGGCCGCGUCUGCAUGGAUAGUCCCUCCUUCUGUCCGGAGUAUUAUCGGGACUCUUCCGCGAAGGAGAGUAUCUCCGCCACCAAGGAGACUAUCAAGCACAUUCAUACGUUGGAUCCGGAGGGAAAGCUCGUUAACCCCAUCAUCACGCCGAGAUUCGCACCGGCGUGUUCACAUGCCGUGCUGGAAGGUCUGGGUGAGCUCGCAGCGGCGUAUAAUCCACCUCUAUAUAUCCAGACGCAUAUCUCUGAGAAUAAGACGGAGGUUCAGCUCGUCCGGGAUGUAUUCCCGGAAUCUUCCAGUUACGCAUCCGUUUACGAUGGGUAUGGACUGUUAACGCGCCGCACGAUUCUGGCACAUGGUAUCCAUCUCUCACCGGCGGAGCGGGAACUCAUCAAGACGCGGGACGCGGGGAUCUCGCAUUGUCCCGCAUCCAACUCAGCGCUGGGGUCAGGCAUUUGUCCCGUUCGUACGCUGUUGGAUGAGGGGAUCAAGGUCGGUCUGGGUACAGAUGUCAGCGGGGGAUACAGUUCUAGUAUCCUUGAGGCUGUGAGGCAGGCGUGUCUUGUCUCGCGGCUUCUGGGGCAUACGGCUGGAUACGAGCAACAGAAACAGGAUGGACGGGAAAAGCUCAGUGUUGAGGAAGGGCUCUAUCUGGCUACGAGAGGCGGCGCGCAUGUCGUGGAUAUGGCGGGUGAUAUUGGCGGUUUUGAGACGGGGAUGCUGUUCGAUACGCAGCUCAUUCGGCUGGGAAGUCUGGACAAUGGCGUCUCAGUUGGGAAUGUGGAUGUCUUUGGGUGGGAAUCGUGGAAGGAGAAAGUGGACAAGUGGGUGUGGACGGGGGAUGAUCGGAAUGUCCGCUGUGUCUGGGUGAAUGGGCGGUUGGUCAUGGAGAAGUAG